GUUUUCAUGACCCAUACGCAUAUACACGUUUCUUUUGUAAAACCCUAGAUUUGUAUCUCCUUCUCCUGUACUCCUCAACUCUUCACCCUUCUGAUACAAUCUUCAUCAAACCCUAGCUGUUCCGUCUUUAAGCAUUGCAUCCCGGAGAUUUCUUAAUCCGCAUAUAUAUUCUCUUCCUCAUUUGAAUCCAGUGUUUUAGACCUAGGUUACCCUAGCUGUUCCGUCUUCAGGCAUUGCAUCCCGGAGAUUUCUUAAUCUGCAUAUAUAUUCUCUUCCUCAUUUGAAUCCAGGUAUGUUCCGUCUUCAACCACGACGUUUGAUUUACUAACAUUCAUCUAAUAUUUGAGUUUGUUCAUAGAUUAGGGGUUUUUGAUGAUUCUCGAUUGUUACAACUUGCGUUUCUGUUGAUUAUCUUCUUGGUAAUAAUAUUAUCAUACUCAAUUGUUUAUAGUGGUUUUAUGUUUAUCGGUUUCUGUUUAUUGAUUACCAAGAAAACCUAAAUUGAGCUUCAAUUAAUUUCAAUUGUAGUGUUUUAGACCUAGGUUUUUAAACGUGAAGUUGAUACGGACGGUUACUUAGUUUGAUCUAACCCUAGGCACUAUAUAUUGAUAUUUGAAUUGAAUUUGAGGUUAUUUCAAUAUUACUGUAUUUGGUUAAUAGUUUGAAAUUGAUAAUAAGUUUGUUUGGUUUUGUUAAUUGUGUGAUAAUUGGUUUUGAGUGAUUGGAACGGAGUGCUAGGAGUACGUUUCCAGAUCUGGUUAACUUUGGAGUUGCAAAGUUGAAUGGAUUUAGGCGUGUGGUUGCUCAUGUUGCUAUGAUCUUCUUUAAGCGUGGGAUGGCCAAGCCUGAGACGAAGGAAAUUUCAAGCUUGAGUGUGGAGCCGUGCGAAGGUGAAUCACUUACAGUUACUGUUUCUGAGAUUAACAAGUCAGAGAUUCCAUCCUACAUUGAGAGCGAGCACGAAUUCCGUUUUUUGGCUGUGCUUUAUACCCACUAUAGUGACGGGGAAUAUUUCCAGAAUAGAUGCAAAGGAAGCCAGGAGAUAUACCAUGAGCGGUAUGGACGAUUUGGUAUUGACAAUAUCUGGAGAGACGAUGUCUUGCCAUGUUGUGUUUAUUGUCGGCAUUGACUUUGACAAGGACAGAUGCUCAUGUUUUAUCAGACGAGAUCUGCAAGAAAACUUUCGUUUUGAGGCGUUAUGCUCUCUAUUUGGAUUACUAGGAGUAUUCUUAAAUUGUUUUGCUGAAGUGUUUAAUGCUUAUUUUUAUACCAGAGGUUCGAUUAAAAGCCAAGAACAUACUGCAAGAUUUUCAACAAAGAUUAUUGCUUUGAUCUUUUGUUUGUAGGGCGAGACCUGUUGAAGUUUGGGCAUUUCGAUUCCAUUGAGAUUAAACUAGGUAAGAGAAUUGAUUCUAAUGUGUGUCUAAUUGUUGGGUAGUCUAUUUCUCAAUGAUUUAUUCUUUUUUC